AUGAUCAACAAAUUUAUCUUCACCCGCUGGCUCGACAAGCCAUUCUGGUUCCUGGACGGGAAAGCCAAUGCCGACGAUGAGGAUGGGGAUGCGUCAUUUGCCGAGCGACUCUGGUAUCUAUUCGAGAGAUUCUGUGCGUCAAGCCCUCUUAAUGCGACCUGGUGGAAAACGGUUACCUUCGGUCUUGCCAACAUAAAGAAAGAUCAGUUCGCCGAGCUUCACCGGGACCAAAAGUCCUACGAAUUUGGAGAUUAUAAUAGAAAGCGGCAGGCGACAUUGGCGGAGAAGCCUGCAGAUGAGCUUCUGGACAACACCCUUGUUCAGCCUCUGUUAAAGGAUUUGUCUGAUGCCGAAGAGACGAAGCGCCGCGAGGACCUGAUAUACCACAAUCCAAAAUCCACAAUCCAACAGCCUCGUAGCCCCCACAACCACAACCACAACACUCCCCCUCCCACCACCAUGAACAAAGUCCACCAGACCAACCACACAGCCAUCACCGCCUAG